UCCCCCCCCACCUCCCACCCCACACGCCUCCUCUCCCGCCGGGUCAGCCCCGAAGAGUUGCCCGGUGGCCGCGGCAGACGGAAGCCGAGCGAGAGCUUCGGCGGCGGCGGCAAGAAUGGGAGACUCCAAAGUGAAAGUGGCGGUGCGGAUCCGGCCCAUGAACCGACGAGAAAUUGACUUGCAUACUAAAUGUGUGGUGGAUGUUGAUGCAAACAAGGUUAUCCUCAGUCCUGUCAACACGAAUCUUUCCAAAGGAGAUGCCCGCGCCCAACCCAAGGUGUUUGCUUAUGAUCAUUGUUUCUGGUCUAUGGAUGAAUCCGUCAGAGAAAAGUAUGCAGGUCAAGAUGAUGUUUUCAAGUGCCUUGGGGAAAAUAUCCUUCAGAAUGCUUUUGAUGGCUACAAUGCAUGCAUCUUUGCGUAUGGACAGACUGGGUCUGGUAAAUCGUACACCAUGAUGGGCACAGCUGACCAACCUGGAUUAAUCCCACGACUUUGCAGUAGCCUCUUCGAACGAACUCAGAAAGAGGAAAACGAAGAGCAGAGCUUUAAAGUAGAAGUAUCCUACAUGGAAAUUUAUAAUGAGAAAGUUAGAGACCUUCUGGAUCCCAAAGGGAGCCGUCAGACAUUGAAAGUCAGAGAGCAUAGUGUGUUGGGACCCUAUGUUGAUGGACUUUCUAAAUUGGCUGUCACAAGCUACAAGGAUAUCGAGUCUUUGAUGUCUGAGGGUAACAAGUCUCGCACAGUUGCUGCCACCAACAUGAACGAGGAGAGCAGCCGGUCCCACGCAGUCUUCAAAAUCACCCUCACGCAUACUCUAUACGACGUUAAGUCCGGGACAUCUGGGGAGAAAGUAGGCAAGCUGAGCUUGGUGGACUUGGCUGGUAGUGAACGAGCAACAAAAACCGGAGCUGCCGGCGACAGGCUGAAGGAAGGGAGCAACAUCAACAAGUCGCUCACGACCCUCGGUCUGGUUAUCUCCGCCCUCGCAGAUCAGAGUGCUGGCAAGAACAAGAAUAAGUUUGUUCCUUAUCGUGACUCCGUCCUCACAUGGCUGCUUAAAGACAGUCUUGGUGGUAAUAGCAAGACAGCAAUGGUGGCGACUGUGAGUCCGGCAGCUGAUAACUAUGAUGAAACCCUCUCCACCCUGCGGUACGCAGAUCGUGCCAAGCACAUCGUGAACCAUGCUGUGGUGAAUGAGGAUCCCAACGCACGAAUUAUCCGGGAUCUCCGGGAAGAAGUGGAGAAACUCCGAGAGCAGCUCACGAAGGCGGAGGCAAUGAAAUCUCCGGAACUCAAAGACCGGCUGGAAGAAUCUGAGAAGCUAAUCCAGGAAAUGACCGUGACCUGGGAGGAGAAAUUAAGGAAGACUGAGGAGAUUGCGCAGGAACGACAGAAACAGCUGGAGAGUCUUGGCAUAUCCCUGCAGUCUUCAGGAAUCAAAGUUGGGGAUGACAAAUGUUUCCUUGUUAACCUAAAUGCCGACCCUGCUCUGAACGAACUUCUGGUCUACUAUCUAAAGGAACACACAUUGAUAGGGUCAGCAAAUUCCCAAGAUAUCCAACUGUGUGGAAUGGGAAUUCUUCCUGAACAUUGUAUUAUAGACAUUACACCAGAAGGCCAGGUUAUGCUGACUCCUCAAAAGAAUACCAGAACAUGUGUAAAUGGCUCUUCAGUCUCCAGUCCGAUCCAGCUACAUCAUGGGGACAGGAUAUUGUGGGGAAACAACCAUUUCUUCAGACUCAAUUUGCCCAAAAAGAAGAAGAAACCAGAACGAGAGGAUGAGGAGCAAGAUGUUUCCCCAAAGAAUGACAACAGUUCUGAGCAGCUGGAUGUGGAUGGGGACUCCUCCAGUGAGGUCUCCAGUGAGAUUAACUUCAAUUUUGAAUAUGCACAGAUGGAGGUCACCAUGAAGGCCUUGGGCAGUAACGAUCCAAUGCAAUCCAUAUUGAACAGCCUGGAGCAGCAGCAUGAAGAAGAGAAGCGCUCUGCGCUCGAGCGCCAGCGGCUGAUGUACGAGCACGAGCUGGAGCAGCUCCGGCGCAGGCUGUCCCCUGAGAAGCAGAACUGCCGCAGCAUGGACAGGCUCUCGCUGCACUCGCCCAGCGCUCAGCAGCGCUUGAGGCAGUGGUCUGAGGAGAGAGAAGCAAUGUUGAAUAACAGCCUGAUGCGGCUGAGGGAGCAAAUUGUGAAAGCUAAUCUACUAGUGAGAGAAGCUAGUUACAUUGCAGAGGAACUGGACAAAAGAACAGAAUAUAAAGUCACUCUACAGAUUCCAGCCUCCAGCCUGGAUGCCAACAGGAAGCGAGGCUCUCUGCUUAGUGAGCCUGCCAUCCAAGUGAGAAGAAAAGGAAAAGGAAAGCAGAUUUGGUCUUUGGAAAAAUUGGACAACAGGUUGUUGGAUAUGAGAGACCUUUAUCAGGAGUGGAAAGAAUGUGAAGAAGAUACACCUGUAAUACGCUCAUACUUUAAGCGUGCUGACCCAUUCUAUGAUGAGCAAGAAAAUCACAGCCUCAUUGGGGUGGCCAAUGUUUUCCUUGAAUCUCUUUUCUAUGACGUCAAGUUACAGUAUGCUGUGCCAAUUGUCAACCAGAAAGGAGAGGUGGCAGGUCGGCUGCAUGUGGAGGUGAUGCGAAUCAGUGGUGAAAUUGGGGAAAGAAUUGCAGGAGGUGAUGAUGCCACAGAAAUGUCCUUGGAGAAGGAGGCCACAGAGAACAGACUAGUCUGCAUGGUUAAGAUACUCCAAGCCACUGGGUUGCCACAGCACCUGUCCCACUUUGUGUUCUGCAAAUACAGCUUCUGGGAUCAGCAGGAGCCGGUCACCGUGGCCCCCGAGGUGGACACCUCCUCCUCUGCUGCUGGCAAGGAACCCCACUGCAUGGUUGUUUUUGAUCACUGCAAUGAGUUUUCUGUUAACAUCACCGAAGACUUCAUUGAGCAUCUUUCGGAAGGGGCAUUGGCAAUUGAAGUAUAUGGACAUAAAAUGAAUGAUCCUCGGAAAAACCCAGCCCUAUGGGACUUGGGAAUCAUUCAAGCAAAAACACGUAGUCUUCGGGACAGAUGGAGUGAAGUUACCAGGAAGUUGGAAUUCUGGGUUCAAAUCUUAGAACAGAAUGAGAAUGGUGACUACUGCCCCGUAGAAGUGGUUUCUGCAAAGGAUGUCCCAACAGGAGGAAUCUUCCAACUCCGACAGGGCCAGUCCCGGCGAGUCCAGGUUGAAGUGAAGUCUGUGCAAGAGUCUGGGACUUUACCGCUGAUGGAAGAAUGUAUACUGUCUGUUGGCAUUGGCUGUGUGAAGGUCAGGCCACUCAGAGCCCCUAAAGCUCAAGAGAGCGUCCAUGAGGAAGAGGAAGACAUGGACAGCUACCAGGAUCGUGAUUUAGAGAGACUACGUAGAAAAUGGCUGAAUGCGUUAACAAAACGUCAGGAGUACUUGGAUCAGCAGCUCCAAAAGCUCGACAGUAAACAUGAUAAAACAGAGGAUGACACUGACCGCGAGGCACAGCUCCUGGAGAUGCGGCUGACUCUCACUGAGGAAAGAAAUGCAGUGAUGGUCCCGUCUGCUGGCAGUGGGAUUCCAGGGGCCCCUGCAGAAUGGACUCCAGUGCCUGGGAUGGAAACCCACAUUCCUGUUAUAUUCCUUGACUUAAAUGCUGAUGAUUUCAGCUCUCAGGAUAAUCUUGAUGACCCAGAAGCUGGUGGGUGGGAUGCCACCCUGACUGGCGAAGAAGAGGAAGAGUUUUUUGAACUUCAGAUUGUAAAGCAGCAUGAAGGGGAGGUGAGAGCAGAAGCCUCCUGGGACUCAGCAGUACACAACUGCCCCCAGCUCAGUAAAGGCACCCCUGGUGAUGAGCGAGUGUUCCUGAUCGUGCGUGUGACAGUCCAGCUCAGCCAUCCCGCCGACAUGCAGCUGGUGCUACGCAAGAGGAUUUGUGUCAAUGUGCAUGGCCGGCAGGGUUUCGCUCAGAGUCUUUUAAAAAAGAUGUCUCAUCGAAGUUCUAUUCCUGGCUGUGGAGUGACUUUUGAAAUUGUUUCCAAUAUUCCAGAGGAUGCCCAGGGAGUGGAAGAGCGAGAAGCAUUGGCAAGAAUGGCAGCUAAUGUUGAAAACCCUGCCUCUGCUGACUCAGAGGCUUACAUUGAAAAGUACCUCAGAAGCGUGCUGGCUGUGGAAAACCUCCUGACUUUAGAUCGUCUUCGCCAGGAAGUUGCAGUCAAGGAACAAUUAACAGGAAAAGGGAAGUUGAACAGGAGGAGUAUCAGUUCUCCAAAUGUGAACAGAUUGUCUGGAAGUAGACAAGAUCUUAUUCCAUCAUAUAGUCUAGGCAGUAACAAGGGCCGGUGGGAAAGUCAACAGGAUGUGUCCCAAACAACGGUUUCCAGAGGAAUAGCUUCAGUCCCUCCAGCCCUGUCUGUGUGUCCCCCAACUAACCAUUCUCCAGAUCCAGGACUUGGGAGCUUCGCUGCCUCCUAUCUGAAUCCAGUGAAGUCCUUGGUGCCACAGAUGCCAAAGCUGCUCAAGUCCCUAUUCCCUGUCCGUGAUGAAAAAAGGGGCAGGCAGCCACCACCCCUGCCCCAGCAGCCCGUGCCCCGAAUUAUGGUGCAGCCUGCUUUCCCGGACAUCUGGGCAGCCAGGCCAGAGCAGGUGCAGCGAGAAAUCCCCAGCUCUGGCGUGUCUGCCGAGGUGAUAACGCCCAUGAUGGCGCCUACCGUGAAGGUCUGUGACAGACCAGUCAAAGUGUCCUCACUGCCACCUGCUGCCACUGCCAUCACCACCCAGGCCCCAGAAGGACAGGAUGGGCCUCCCAGUCCCGUGAGCGAGGCCUCCAGUGGCUACUUCUCGCACAGUGUCUCCACUGCCACACUGUCUGAUGCACUCGGCCCAGGCCUUGAUACCAUGGGCCCAGCCAGUGGCCACACGCCUGGCUCCCCAUCUGUGCCCCUUUGUGCUGCCACCCCAGAGGCUGAGCUCCCACCCCUGCCCACUGCUCCCUGUGAUCCCCAGUGGCACCUGGCUGCUGCAGGGCCCAACACUCAGCCCAGCACCGUAGCUGUGCUGGAGCCAGCAGCCGGGUUGGAGUCAACGAGACCCGAAGCCCAGGCCCAGACCGAGAUAGUCCCCAGCUGUGAGCUCGAGGCCUCCAGACCUCAACUGCCUCCGGACCUCCCACCCCAGGCGCCCUCCUCUCCCUUCCGAAUCCACAAGGUGCGGACCUCUGAGCUGAAGUCCUUCACCUGCAUGCUUGGCAGCGACUCCGGGAGUUCCUCCAGGGCUGAGGAGGACAUGCUGGCCAUGGGAGUGCCCGGAGGCGUGGCACAGGCCCCGGCCCCGGCCAAGCCAGACAUGGCCUCAGAUUCUGAGGAAGCCAGUGAAGUCCCCGAGUGGCUCAAGGAGGGAGAAUACGUUACAGUGGGCACCAACAAAAUGGGUAUCGUGCGCUACAUUGGGCCAACCGACUUCCAGGAGGGCACGUGGAUUGGCGUGGAACUUGACCUACCAUCGGGAAAGAAUGAUGGCUCCAUUGGAGGGAAGCAGUACUUCAAGUGCAACCCUGGUUACGGUCUGCUGGUGAGGCCCAGCCGGGUCCGCAGGGUCCCGAGCACCGGGCGGCGGCGCAGUGUGGGACUGCGGUCACAGGGUGCCCCCGAGGCCCGCCGGAGUGCCACGCUUUCUGGCUCUGCCACCAACCUGGCCUUGCUGACGGCUGCCUUGGCCAAGGCUGACCGGAGUCACAAGAACCCCGAGAACCGGAAAUCCUGGGCCAGCUGAGCCAUGGCCACCCUGUGGACAGGAGCUGGGCAGCCAGUCCUGGAGCCCUGCCAGUGAUGGCCCCCGGAAGGUGGGGCCGGCUGGUGCCGCAGGGCAGUGAAGGCUUUUUGCACAUUUGGGGCUGGUGCUCCCUCCCCCAGCCUCCCUGGAAUUCUCCACUCUCGUCCUCUUCCCUCUCUGCCUCGCUCUGCACUGCCCUGUACACCUCUUCAGGUACAGGUGGAAGGUUCUGGGAGUCCCAGGGGUUGUGAGAUUGGGGUCAGGAACCCUAGGUGACCCAUGGUCCCUACUGGGUUAUCUCCCCACCUGCCUGUAAUCUGGGGCUGUGAUGGCUCGUUCCUGGUUUGUAGUCUGGUUACCCUGUUAGUGUCUUAAUUUAAGCAAUAAUCCUAACCAGUGCCUUUCUGGCCCACACAGGACUUUCUCCUUCUGCCCAGGGGCCGAUGCCUAGUCCACCACCUGGUGGCUGCCCUGUCCUUCAUGCCCCACCACCUGACAGUGUCCCUGGAAGGGCCCUGGGGCCGGGCUGCGACCAGCGCCCACACUCCUGCCUGCUUCUGCAGUGUUCCUGUGGUCUCCCUGAGGGUGUGGUGGUGUCCUUACGCCUGCAGAGUCUGCUCUGUUUGCUGUUGCUUCCCCUUAACAGAAUGCUUGGGACAUAUUUAUUGAUAUUUAUUUUUGCCCAAUCGGAAAUUAUUCGCGAUCCACAAUCGCUGUGUGCCUGGGCAUGACUGGCCCUUCUCCUUAGGGAGCUGCCAGCCCCCACCUCCCUUGGUGGAGGUUACUGGGGGCUGCCAGAGGCCCCUUCCUAAAGGGUCCUGUGGAGGUCCUUAGGGUGCCUCGCCUUGUGCUCUCCCAGCUGGGGUCACGGCCUGUGGGGAGCAUUGUGCACCUCCAGGCAGAACCUCCAUGCAGGCUUCUUGGCUGAGGGCCAGGGUCUGUGAGUGUGUGGGCAAAUGAAGGGCAGGGCAGGAGGCAACCUCACCAGGGCCCUGUCGCUGGCUGUCCCUCAGCCCUGAGGUUGGGGCCUCAGGUCCCUGGGGCAGCCUGCUGCUAGAGCUUACCUCUGGUUCUCUUGGGACGUGGAGCCCCUUGGGGGGAAGCAGCACCCCUCAGCAGCAUGGUGACUCAGAGCACUAUGGCCCCUGCAACCUGCUAGGUUCAGUCAUCCAACCUGGUACUCCGAAGGUGCUGGCCUGGAGCAGUCAAAGGACAUUACAGCCCGUGGCAGGGGUUCCAGUUGGUCUCCCUGGCCUGGGAGGCAGACGCCUCUCUGGGGGUGCUGUCACAGCAGCCAGGUGGGAAGGUCCUGCCAAGGAGACCCCUGACUGCUGCUGGCUAGCCUCAGAACACCAGGGGAGGUACCUGCUUUUCCACUCCACCUCCUUCACAGUGCAGACGUGCUCCGGGAUGUCUGAGGUGGGAUUUUGCCAGUUUGCCCCGGUUGGUGCAUCUGCUAGUGGGGGCUCCGCAUCAGCCUCUUCCAGAGCAGUGUCAGCCACCCGGAGGCCCUCACUGGUCACGCAUUCCUAGCCCGGGCAUGGAGAGCAGUUUUAGAGCCACAAGCUUACGGCCCGCUUGUCACAGCUGCCCACAGCCACAAGGCCUUCAGUCUUCUGUUCUGGGGAGUCAGGUGGCAGUGGGAGCCCCCUGUUCCAUUCACUUCGCUUGACAACAGCAUGGGAUACAAUGCAGUUGUUGCACUGGACAGAUGCUCAAGCUCCUAAGAGUGCUAGAAAAGCCUGGAACUCCUGUGUUGUUGGAAAAGGUCUCAGGAGUUGCCUCUUGCCCCAACCGUCACCUCUACUCCCCAAGCCCGAGGGAACCUUGCCCUUGCCACCAGGGCCUCUCUCCCCAUCUCCAUUGCCUUCCUCCACAGACCUGUGGUCUCCCUCUUCCCUGGGCACCAGGGACCCUGGUUGUUGCCUGCGGAUUCCUGUUGCCUGCCCUGUGCUAUGUAAGGCCCAUCUACCUCCUUGCUGUGAACUCCUACCACAUGCCACCCCCAGGCUUCUGUCCACCCUCUCCGGCAGACAGCACACAGCUGGAGCCUGGUAAAGGCAGGGCAGGGCCAGGCCUUGCAGGGCACAGCCACCCUGCAUCCCUGCAUGGCCUUGUGGGCUGAAAUGAGGCAGCUGCUCCCAGGCUCCCUGCUGCUGCUUGCCUUUCCUUCCCGACUCUUGCUUUUUUGGUGUAGACUAACAGGGCACAGCAGUGACACUGUCACUGUUACCCACGGCCCCUCAGCCCCAGGACCCAUCAUUUCCUGGGGUAGUGUGUAAGGGAUGAUGGCCGGAGAUGACGCCCGGGGGCGCCCAGUCAGCUAACUUCCUGUGUCACCACACUGAGCAGAUGUUAGUGCAGAGUUCACACCCUUUCUAGCACUUCCCAGUUCUGGGAGAUAUUGGACAGCUCAGGCCUGGUCCUGGAGGUGUGGUCACUGCGGAUCUGCCAGUGGGCACCACCUGCCAGGCCCUCUUGGGGCUUUUGUGUCCCACUGUGCAUACUUGGGGCCUGGCGCCUCUUGCUGGCUCACAGGCCCUUACCAAGGACGAAGGCUGCAAGAGUGAACAGGCCAUGGCUGCUCUUAGCUGAUAGGAGCAGUGAAGGGCUGCUGGUGGGUGUGAGAGUAAAAUGGCCUAGGGGGCUGGGGGAGCCAUUUUCAGGCCCGCGGGUAGAGGUCUGUGUAUGCUCAGUGAGAGAACUAGCCUAUGAACAUGAGCGCUCAGGAGGCAGAAAGGCUAGGAGGUGUUUGGAUCCCUCUACUAAAAUGUUUUUCUUCUCCAGGCUUAAAAGUCCUCUGUGCGUGAAGCAGAUGAGAGGUUCCAGGGUAUUUAUUUUGGUUGCUAAGAUUCACAUUGCUUGUCAGGCCUGCCCAUGUGCAUGCGUGCAGAAGGGAUCAGGACCCCACAGGGCCUGGCGGAGUGCCCGAGGAGUUGGUGGUGCCUUCCCUUCACACAGGACACCUCAUGCAAAUGUUCCUGAAAGCAUCUUUCUCAGAGUGGUUCCCUGGUGCCAUCCUGGUGACUGCAGACACUAAGUGUUGGGAGAGUCUUGGAUCAUCCUGUGAGUGUGCUUGUGUGUGCGUCUGUAAAUAUGAUGAGUUCACAUAUUCAGAAGUGACAGACUUGGGGCUUCUAUUGAUUUGGUACACAUCAAAUGGGAGUUGAAAAAAAUCCAAAGACUGUGAUAAAUUGUAAAGAAAGAUUUGUAUCAUAUAUUGAACUAAAUCAGUUAAUUUUGUAUCAUAUGUGCCCUUCCAUCCAAUGACCAACAGCUUCUAAAUAAAUCCAGAUGAUUUCUUGCCUACAUCUGA